UCUAGAGAAUCCGCAGCUCGUCCGCCUAUUCCCGCGAACCUGAUCCUCAAUCAUCAAUUGAAGCCGAUUCGAACCAUUGUGGUAUCCGUGCCGACUUGAUCUCGGACGGGCUUGAACUUGGCUAUUCGCGCUUAUUGUCAACAUGGCAUCUUCAGAGCCCUUCCCCCCUUUCAAUACCUCCGCGGAGCCGCUGCGCUCCACCCCAGAGCAGACCGCCGCCCGCCGUCGACCUAGAAAGUCAAGCGGGCUGCCGGCCGAGAUACGGGCCGGUGAUACCGGCGCUCCCAGUCUUCAAGCAAGCCUUGCGAGUUUGCAGAGCAAUGCCCCUCCCUCUCCUCCGAGGUCGUCAGUCGCUGAUGGCAAUGUAAGACGUGGCCUCAAACGUCGCAAGGCUCGCUCUAUGCUACGCCGCUUCAAGCAUUUCGCCCUCAAGCACACCUGGGUUCUGCCCCUAAUCUUUCUGUCCAUCUUUGGCACUCUUUAUGCCGUCAACCCUACCGAAUCGAACCCGGUUCACCGCUUCAUCUUCCUUUCCUACAAGCUACCUCUCGAACCAGGUGUCGAUCCCAGUACACCGCCUCAAUAUGGCAAAGGCCCUUGGGAUAUUGCUUUUGUUACUUUCUACACCAUUGUAUUGUCUUUCACUCGUGAAUUCAUCAUGCAAGAGUUCUUACGCCCCUUGGCCAAGAAAGCCGGGUUAAAAUCUCGCGCCAAACAAUCUCGGUUCAUGGAGCAAUUGUACACAGCCAUCUACUUUGGCUUUCUCGGCCCUGCUGGCAUGUAUGUCAUGAAGAACACCCCGAUCUGGUACUUCAAUACCCGUGCUAUGUACGAGAAUUUCCCCCACAAGACCCACGCCGCCGACUUCAAAUUCUACUAUCUAUUCCAGGCCGCAUACUGGGCUCAGCAGGCUAUCGUUUUACUCCUAGGCUUGGAGGAACGGAGAAAGGACUUCAAGGAACUUGUUGGACACCACAUUGUCAGCUUGGCCCUGAUUGGCCUUAGCUAUCGGUUCCAUUUCACUUACAUGGGUCUUGCCGUCUACAUAACCCACGAUAUCAGCGAUUUCUUUUUAGCGACUUCGAAGACUCUCAACUACAUAGACCAUUGGUCUACUGGGCCUUACUUUUUUGUCUUUAUGUGUGUCUGGGCCUAUUUACGACACUACCUCAAUCUUCGCAUCAUCUGGUCCCUCUUCACGGAGUUCAAGACGGUUGGUCCAUAUGAGCUCAACUGGGAAACCCAGCAGUACAAGUGUGAUAUCUCUUUUGUCAUUACACUUGCAUUGCUUUCUUCACUUCAGGCUCUGAACCUGUUCUGGUGGUUCUUCAUUGUCAGAAUUGCCUACCGUUUUGUUGUUUACCAAACAGCUGAGGACGAUCGAUCCGAGGCUGAAGCGUCUGAGACAGAGGAGAUUGAAGCUAGCAAUGAGAAACGUGCUGCGACAAAGUCUUUGACGAACGGUCACGCCACUGGUGUGCAUGAUCAUACUAAUGGCAACGUAAUGAGUCGCGCAAACGGAAGCGUCUCUAAGAAAUCAGCACGAUAAGUCCGGCUGAUUACAACGAUUACUUCCCUUACGAUCUCGCUAAGGGCUUGCCCAUGAAGCAUGCAGCAGAGCAACAUGUACAAUAUGAGGGGGCACGCAGUGUCUGUUCGGGGAAACCCUGUGUAUUCAAAUUCAGAGGACACUUCAGGUCUAAUGCUUGAUGCCAAAUCAGAAGAAUGUCCACGCAGACUCACAGACAAAUAUAUAAGUCUGCCGAAGGUGGAAGUGGCGCACAACCCUCAGCAGUGUGAAGUAGGACCAACUCACCAGCGGGGAAAAUUGAAAGGGGGCAACGAUCUUCAUAUGCGAACGGAAAGUAUGUGGUCGUUGUUCAUAUUAGGAACUUCGCACCAGGUCUCACAGCUCGUCAUAACGUGUUAUUCAUCUAUCGCGGGGGGCUGGUA